CGCGAGCGGGGUCUCUGGCGGUGGGCCAGGGCCUGCGGGUUUCCCCCGCCGGUAGUGAAGGGUUCUGUGUGCACGCUUUCCCCUCGGCGCUUGGGACGACCUCAUUUCACUGUUAGGAAGGGUCGACCCCGAACACAAGAGGGAGGGUAAAUACCGUAAAACAUGUUGGAGGCUAGCUGUGUGCACGCCCCCUGGGAGCCAAAAGGGCGAAGUAAAACAUGCACACGACCGUAAUGAGAUUCUGACAUGUUGAUUCCAUUUUCAAUGAAGAAUUGCUUCCAGUUACUUUGUAACCACCAGGUCCCAGCAGCUGGCUUUAAACAAACAGUAAAAAAUGGGCUCAUUUUACAGUCAGUUUCCAAUGAUGUCUAUCAAAAUCUGGCUGUGGAAGACUGGAUCCAUGACCACAUGAAUCUAGAAGGCAAACCAAUUCUAUUCUUUUGGCGGAAUUCUCCCUCUGUUGUAAUUGGUAGGCAUCAAAAUCCUUGGCAGGAAUGUAACCUGAAUCUAAUGAGAGAAGAAGGUAUAAAACUGGCUCGGAGAAGAAGCGGAGGAGGAACAGUCUACCAUGAUAUGGGUAAUAUCAAUUUGACUUUCUUUACAACCAAAAAAAAGUAUGAUAGAAUGGAAAAUCUGAAAUUAAUUUUGAGAGCUCUGAAUGCUGUCCAACCCCAGCUAGAUGUGCAGGCUACCAAAAGGUUUGACCUUUUACUUGAUGGACAGUUUAAAAUCUCAGGAACAGCUUCUAAGAUCGGCCGGACUACUGCCUAUCACCAUUGCACUUUAUUAUGUAGUACUGACGGGACGUUCUUGUCUUCUUUGCUAAAGAGUCCUUACCAAGGGAUCAGGAGCAAUGCCACUGCCAGCAUACCUUCCUUAGUGAAAAAUCUUUUGGAAAAGGAUCCCACUCUGACCUGUGAAGUACUAAUGAAUGCUGUCGCUACAGAGUAUGCUGCUUAUCAUCAAAUUGAUCAUCACAUUCACCUAAUAAACCCAACGGACGAGACACUGUUUCCUGGCAUAAAUAGCAAAGCCAAAGAACUACAAACGUGGGAGUGGAUAUACGGCAAAACUCCAAAGUUUAGUAUAAAUACUUCCUUUCAUGUGUUGUAUGAACAGUCACACUUGGAAAUUAAAGUAUUCCUAGACAUAAAGAAUGGAAGAAUUGAAAUUUGUAAUAUUGAAGCACCUGAUCAUUGGUUGCCAUUGGAAAUACGUGACAAAUUAAAUUCAAGUCUUAUUGGCAGUAAGUUUUGCCCAACUGAAACUACCAUGCUAACAAAUAUAUUACUUAGAACAUGUCCACAAGACCACAAACUACACAGUAAAUGGAAUAUUCUCUGUGAAAAAAUUAAGGGAAUAAUGUGAUUCCAAGUAAAUGUCUUAAUACAGUUUCAAUUAGAAAAUAAAAUGUCUCAUACUUGCACAUUGUAUGUCAAAAAAAAAA